UCAGGCACCAUGGAUGCCGAAAUCCAAGUCGACAAAAAUUUUCCAUUAUUUUACCGGAAAAAGUCAGCUUCCACAACCACCACCAAUAAGAAAUCCCCUCCAUCAGAAAUCACUGCCCCCGCUGCACAGAAAGUACUCGAGAAAGAGCUUAACCCUAACCCUACUCCAGCCAACAUCACAUUCUCCAACCUCGGACUCUCCGAAUGGGCCAUCAAUACUUGCAAAGAGCUCGGCAUGAAGCGGCCAACUCCUGUCCAGCACCACUGUAUCCCUAAAAUCUUGUCGGGCCAAGAUGUCAUGGGCCUGGCCCAGACGGGAAGCGGCAAAACCGCUGCGUUUGCUCUCCCUAUUCUUCAUCGUCUCGCGGAAAAUCCCUUUGGUGUUUUCGCUCUGGUUGUGACUCCGACUCGUGAGCUGGCGUACCAGCUGGCGGAGCAGUUUCGGGCCCUCGGGUCUGGUUUAGGACUGCGGGUAGCGGUAAUUGUGGGGGGGAUGGAUAUGAUUAACCAGGCCCAGGGUCUGAUGCAGAGGCCACACGUGGUGAUUGCAACACCUGGCAGGAUUAAGGUUCUGAUUGAGCAGAAUCCGGAUAUUCCUGCUGUGUUCUCCAAUACCAAGUUACUACAAGUCCAGCUUAGUAAAUCUUGCACUGUAAUGGCUGAUGAAAGAAUCUUGUUGCAGUUUCUUGUCUUGGAUGAAGCAGACAGAGUCUUGGGUGUUAACUUUGAAGAAGAGUUAAGAGUUAUUUUCCAGUGCUUACCUAAGAAUCGACAAACUUUGUUGUUUUCUGCCACCAUGACAAGUAAUUUGCAAACAUUGCUUGAGCUUUCGGCAAAUAAAGCUUAUUUUUAUGCUGCAUAUGAAGGCUUUAAAACAGUAGAAUCUCUGAAGCAGCAGUAUGUUUUCAUCCCUAAGAACGUGAAGGAUGUGUAUUUAUUGCACAUAUUAAACAAAAUGGAAGAAAUGAGUGUUCGAUCUGCUAUAAUUUUUGUCUCCACCUGCAGGGGAUGUGAGCUUCUGAGUUUGUUGCUUGAACAGCUUGAUUUGGAAGUCGCAGCCUUGCAUUCUCACAAAUCACAGUCCCUGAGGCUUUCUGCAUUGCAUAAAUUCAAAUCUGGACAGGUCCCUAUAUUAUUAGCGACUGAUGUUGCCAACCGUGGUUUAGAUAUACCAACUGUAGAUUUGGUUAUAAAUUACGACAUUCCUAGGUAUCCCGAGGAUUAUGUUCAUCGUGUUGGACGUACUGCCAGAGCUGGAAGAGGAGGCCUUGCUCUUAGUUUUGUCACCCAGAAUGAUGUCGAACUUGUGCAUGAGAUUGAAGCUGUUAUAGGGAAACAACUAGAUAAGUUCGACUGUAAAGAGAAAGAAGUGCUUGAGGAUAACAUUACGAGGGUAUACAAGGCAAGACGUGUAGCAACAAUGAAGAUGAUGGACGAUGGGUUCGAAGAUAAAGUCAAGGCACGAAAAGCUCAGAAACUAAAGACACUGGCGGAGAAAGGGCUUCUGGAUAACAAGAAACGGAAGAGAGGAAAAAGGCGUAAGAAAGAAUCUCAUGAAUGAAAUCAGCCCAACUAUUGUUUCUCGUUUUUGCAUCGACUAUAUGUAGCUGCUACAUUAAAUGGGACUAGACUUCCCGGGGUGUUUUCAACUACUCUUUGAAGGAAAAGUGUUUUGGAAACUCUGUCUCACGAUGCAUCUUUUGUACUAUUGCCUGUUGUAUCAUAGGAAAUAGGAAAAUUUUGAGAAAAUUUCAUUAUAAGGCCUGAUUUUUUAGUAUCAUGUAACAGUAG